AUGUGGAAUUCUGGAAGUGGGAAGCGAUCCAAAGGACGCAACAGCGGUCAUCGACCAGCCACCACCAUUGACGAGACGGCAGCCUCCAAGAUGUUUCAAGAAAUUGCGGAAGAAAGUGAUCCCAGUGUCGCCGGAAUGGAAGGUAUUUGCAAUCUUUGUGAAAAGCUUGAUCUGAAUGCCGAAGAAGAUAUUCGAGUUCUUGUGCUGCUGUGGAAAUUGGGGAGCAAGGAAAAGCCAGCGCAAAUUUCCAAGCAAGAAUGGAUGAGUGGGUGCAACAAGCUUCAAGUGGAUUCCAUUGACAAGUUUCAAUCGAUCUUGCCAUCUUUGGAUACUGGAUUCUUGGAUCGAAAUGAAUUCAAGGAAUUUUACAAGUUCUGCUUCAAGUUCAACUUGGAGGGAACCCACCGUACUUUGGACAAGGAUAUGAUUGUGGCGUUGAUGAAAAUGGUCUUGACAGAACGCAUUGCCGCCGAACGAUUGGAUACCUUUUGCACCUUUUUGGAAAGCCAAAAGUCGUAUACUCGCAUCACUUUGGAUCAAUGGGUCUCCUUUUUGGACUUUUGCUACGAAUGUGAAGACUUGAGUACCUAUGAUGAAUCCACAUCGGCAUGGCCUGUGUUGAUUGAUGAGUAUGUCGACUACAUGGAAGAACAGCAAAAUAAAAAGUAG